AUGCCGAACACAUCUCUGCGGCGCCCGCAAAAGGGCUACCGCCGCGGCGGCAAAGUCGCCUUCCACGGCGGCCGUUCCACGAAACCCCGAACCUUCGACGCCUCCUCCCGCGCCGAGGCCACCUCCGCCGACGAGCGCUGGGAGCGCACCCGCCUGAGCAACACGAUCGACGAGGCCAUGGGCUUCGCGCGCCACGAGGGCGGCGGCCGGCGGCGCGAGGGCUGGCUCGUCAACGUGCAGCCCACGGCCGUCGAGGACGACCGGAACCCCGGCGGCCGCGCCGCGCUCGACUGUUACUUCAUGGAGGACGACGGCGCGACGUUCAAGGCGACGGUCGACGAGGUCGAGGAGUGGCUCAAGCGCGUGCCGGCGACGGGCUGCGUCAAGACGAUCAAGAGGAUCGAGAAGGAGGACCUGAAGGUGCCGAACCACUUUGCUGGGCUACCGACGGCCGUUCUUGGGGCUGCGCUUUCUCAACGUCAACGACUUGCUGGCGGCGCGCAGGGACAUUUAUGCCUAUUGCCGGCGGAAGAAAUAAGAAGAAACGUGGAUGUGAUGGAGGCGUAUGCAGAGGUUGCCACACGAGCGAAUGCUUCUUUUGCCGAUGCGAGCGACUUUAUAGUCGAUAUUAGAGAGUACGAUGUGCCCGUACCAUAUAUACGAGUGGGAAAAUGGUACUUCGUGGACUCGAAACACGGCAUUACAUCCGUCAUAUGCAACGAGGAGCGACUGGCCAUGGCCGACCCCGUCGUCAUGGCCUACGAUAUCGAGACGUCGAAAUUGCCCCUGAAAUUCCCUGACGCCGCCACGGACCAGAUCAUGAUGAUAUCGUACAUGAUCGACGGCCAGGGUUUCCUGAUUACCAAUCGCGAAAUUGUCUCUGAAGACAUUUCGGAUUUCGAAUACACGCCAAAACCCGAGUACCCAGGUGCAUUCAUGAUUUUCAACGAGAAGGACGAGAAGAAUGUCAUCGAGAGAUUCUUUGAGCACAUCAAGGAGGCCAGACCAACUGUCAUUGCAACGUACAACGGUGACUUUUUCGAUUGGCCCUUUGUGGAAACGAGAGCCAGCUUCCACGGCAUCGACAUGUACCAGGAGAUUGGCUGGAAGAAGAACAGUGAGGAUCAGUACCAGUGCAGCUAUGGCGUGCAUAUGGAUUGUUUCCACUGGGUCAAUCGUGAUUCAUACCUACCACAAGGAUCGCGAGGUCUGAAAGCUGUCACAGUCGCGAAGCUCGGAUACGACCCAGACGAGCUCGACCCCGAACUCAUGACGCCCUAUGCCGCUGAACGACCGCAAACCCUGGCAGAGUAUUCCGUUUCCGAUGCUGUUGCGACCUACUACCUGUAUAUGAAAUACGUCCACCCCUUCGUCUUCUCCCUCUGCACAAUUCUGCCGCUGGGCGGCGAUGAUACGCUGAGGAAAGGUACCGGCACACUUUGCGAGAUGCUGCUGAUGGUGCAGGCGUAUGAGAGGAAAAUCGUGCUUCCUAACAAGCACAUGGCGCCAAAAGAAGCCUUCUGGGAUGGCCACUUGCUCGAUUCCGAAACUUAUGUUGGUGGUCACGUCGAGAGUAUAGAAGCUGCGCUACGGUUCACCAUCGAGGUUGAGGAGAAAAAGUCCAUGGCUGAUGUCGAGAACUACGAGGAGGUCAAGGCACAGGUAGCUGCACGACUACAGGCUCUCAAGGAGACACCAAAUCGCAUGGAGCGACCCCUCAUCUACCACUUGGACGUUGCUUCCAUGUAUCCCAACAUCAUGACGACCAAUCGACUGCAGCCCGACUCCAUGGUCCAGGAAUCCGAUUGUGCGGCUUGCGACUUCAACAGACCGGGCAAGACCUGCGAUCGACGUCUGCCAUGGUCGUGGCGAGGAGAGUACAUCCCUGCGAAGAGAGACGAGUACAACAUGAUCCGAAAUGCGCUGGAAAGUGAAAAGUUCCCUGGGAAAUAUCCCAACUCGCCCAUGCGACCGUUCCAAGACUUAUCACAAGACGAACAAACGGCUCUCAUCAGGAAACGUCUGCAAAUGUAUUCGCAGAAGAUCUAUCAUAAGAUUCACGACUCCACCAUUAUAACCAAGGAAGCCAUCAUCUGCCAGCGAGAGAACCCGUUCUACAUCAACACGGUGCGCGACUUUCGUGACCGUCGUUACGACUACAAAGGAAAGGCGAAAGUCUGGAAGGGGAAAACAGAGGCCCUCAAGUCCUCCGGAGCAAGCUCCACUGAGGUUGAAGCAGCGAAGAAGAUGAUCAUCUUAUUCGAUUCGCUACAAUUGGCCCACAAGGUCAUUCUCAAUUCCUUCUACGGCUACGUUAUGCGAAAGGGUUCGCGAUGGUACUCGCUCGAGAUGGCUGGUGUCACAUGCUUGACCGGCGCCACGAUUAUUCAGCUUGCUCGUGGCCUUGUUGAGCGUCUUGGCCGUCCAUUAGAGCUGGAUACGGACGGUAUCUGGUGCAUGUUGCCUGCCACGUUCCCGGAGAACUUCUCGUUCAAGAUGAAAGGCGGAAAGAAGGUCACUGUCUCGUACCCCUGUGUCAUGUUGAACCAUCUUGUCCAUGCCAAGUUCACGAAUCACCAGUACCAAACCCUGGUUGACGAGAAGACGUUCAAGUAUGAGACGCACAGCGACAACUCCAUCUUUUUCGAAGUCGACGGUCCAUACAAGGCUAUGGUCUUGCCAACUUCAAAGGAAGAGGACAAGAACUUGAAGAAACGUUAUGCUGUCUUCAACGACGAUGGAAGUCUCGCAGAGCUCAAAGGUUUCGAAGUCAAGCGCCGAGGUGAGCUGAAGCUCAUCAAGAUCUUCCAGCAACAAAUCUUCAAAUUCUUCUUGGAAGGCACAACGCUGGCCGAGUGUUAUACGGCCGUUGCAAAGGUGGCUAACCGCUGGCUUGAUAUCCUUCACAGCAAGGGCGCAUCACUCGAGGACGAGGAGCUGAUGGAGCUGAUUUCGGAGAACCGAAGCAUGUCCAAAACAUUAGAGGAGUAUGGCUCGCAGAAAUCAACAUCCAUCACAACGGCCAAGCGCUUAGCCGACUUCCUGGGUGAGCAAAUGGUCAAAGACAAGGGUCUGAACUGCAAAUUCAUCAUCUGCGCAAGACCAAAGAAUGCACCUGUCACAGAACGAGCCGUGCCUGUAGCAAUCUUUUCUGCGGAGGAGCAGACGAAACGGGCGUAUCUCAAGAAGUGGCUCAAAGAAGAGCCCGCUGACACUGAUCCUCGGGCUCUUCUCGACUGGGACUACUAUCUCGAGCGUCUGGGCUCCGUCAUUCAAAAGCUCAUCACCAUUCCUGCCGCACUGCAGAAAGUCCGGAACCCAGUGCCUCGAGUGCCUCACCCCGACUGGCUUCAGCGCAGGAUUAACAUCAAGGACGACAAGAUGAAGCAGAAGAAGAUGACAGAUAUGUUCACCAAGGGACCCCUUGAAGACAUCACAAAUCUGAAUGGCCGUGGUGCAGAAGAUAUGGAAGAUUUCGGCACGAAGCUGCUCAAGCCCAAGACUACGCAACAAUAUGCAGACAACAUCCAGACAACGUUCAUGCACCAAGCUCACAACACAUUCACCAAUAACUGGCACUUGUUACACUUGAAAACGACGGAGACACCGGGUGUCGUUAACGCCUACGUUCUCAUUCAUGCCAAGAUUCACACAGUCAAGAUCAAGGUGUCACGCGUGGUGUUUCUCAAUUUGAAGAGCAAUGACAUGCCUGAUGUCGAUAUUGCCGGGUGUGAAGUAGAACAGGUCAACCAUACCCUUCCCAACGGCCAUUCAUCAACACACCUCUUCAAGCUGAUGGUGCCCGAGGACGUCUACUUCAACGAGGCUGACAGCUUCUCCACACUGUUCAACCACCCUAGUGUGGAAGGUGUUUACGAGAAGAAUUUGCCCCUCAACAUCCGUGCCGUACUUCAGCUUGGCAACAUAUGUACUGUUGAUGAGACCAAGGAUGGGGUUCUUGGCAAAGGUCUUGACGAGGGCUUCGAUCUUGUCGGUUUGAUGCGACCUCUGCAACCCAAGCCGUAUCUAGAAGCCUCUCCCCUAGCCUAUCUUUACAUUUCCCAGAUCUCCGCAGGCGAACGCCAAAUAUUCGGUCUCUUCUCCACAACCACCAGCCAAGCACACAUCGUCAUCCUGAACAAGAGUAGAGACUCGGGACAAGAGCUACCAAAUGUUUCCAGGAUAUACGCAGAUGCGCUCAAGCAGCGCGGGCAAGAAGCGGAAGGCACUAACUGGCAGGAGUGCUUCCCGUACCAGGAGAAGCUCAAUUUCAAGAUCACUCAAGUCACGACACGGAGGAAACUUCACCUUGAACUCGGCGACAUUGUCAAGAAGCUGCGUAAGGAUGAGGUCAAACCGCUGAUGCUCGUCAUUCAAUCAUCACAACGGAACCACUUGAUCUCGGAAGUACCCGUCCUCAGUGAAUUCCCCGUCCUUCCUUUGAAGUACGACACGACCGACAGCUCGCUGCCGCCCCUCGGCUGGCAGACUGUUGCAGCCAGAAGGCUUGUAGGCCACUACCUUGGUCUGGGAUCAUGGGUUAUGCAUCUUAUGUCUCUCGCGAGAUACGGCGAUGUCCCUCUUUGCAACCUGGAAAGGGACGAUCCACGGUUCUUGAUCGACAUCGCCUACGCCAGGCGACUUCAAAAUAACAAUGUCGUACUGUGGUGGUCCGCCAGCCCACGUCCGGAUCAUGCUGGCUACGAAAAGGACGAUGUCACGGGUCCCCUCGAAACAGUUUCGAUGCCAAACGUCAACAAACCCGGCACUUUCGCUUCUGUCUGCAUCGAUCUUGAGGUUCGCAAUUUGGCCAUUAAUACGAUUCUGACCUCCUCUUUGAUUAAUGAUCUCGAGGGUGCGGACUCUGUGUCUUUUAACCCUGCCGCGGACGCUGGAGCAAACGCUGAUGAGGUCAUCUCGUUUGAUAAUGCGUUUGCCAACGCAGGUGUACUGGUUCUGCGAGAAAUGGUCAAGGCGUGGUGGGUAGAGGCCUGCAAGGGCAACACCAUGGCCGAUGUCAUGGUGCAGCAUCUUGUGCGUUGGGUUGAGAGUCCUGAUUCCUUCCUCUACGACCGCGCACUGCACUACUACGUGCAAAUGAUGUCGCGCAAAGCCUUUCAGCAGCUUAUGGGCGAUUUCCGCAAGGUCGGUAGCCAAGUCAUCUUUGCCAACUCGAAUCGUUUGCUUUUGCAGACCACAAAAGCCGAAGUCGGAACCGCGUACGCCUACAGCAACUACGUCAUCAAGUCAAUAAAGAGCAAGCCCCUGUUCCAUUUCAUUGAUCUCGAGAUCAAGGAGUACUGGGACUAUCUUGUCUGGUAUGAUGAGUUCAACUACGGAGGCAAGGCGUGCCAGGAGGUCGUCGAGGCGGACAACCAGAAUCUGGAGACGAUCAUGCACUGGCAAAUGUCUACAUUCCUUCCCGAGCGUCUUCAGCCCACUUUCAAGAAUGGCCAACGUCUUACGCAGCUGACACCCUCCCGCAAAGAUCCGAACGACGAGAGUGCCCUUCUUCUCGGCAAGAGCUUCGAGAAGCCCCUUAAGAAGACCAUCUCGAACCUUCUCGCUGUUCAGAAGCGCGAGCUCCUCCACCCCGAACUCGCGGGCGACUAUUCUUUCCCUGUUCUCCCUGGGUCCCAUCUCGCCGCCUAUACGGACGGCGCCGGUGCACGCUCAGGCCCGCUUCUCGAGCUCGUCAAGUCUCUCAUGCAAGUCCUCAGCCUGGACCGCAAUAUCACGCUGGAGGCGCGCCUGCUGCGCAAGGAGCUCCUCGCCAUGUUUGACGUCCGCGAAUUCUCCAAGGGCGCGACGUUCCAGAACCCGAGCGCCAGCCUCAAGAUGCCGCAGCUCAGCUGCGAUGUGUGCACCAUGGCGCGUGACAUGGAUUUCUGUCGUGACGCCGACCUGCUGCCCGACCAGGGGCAAACGCACAAGCCUUGGCGGUGCGGGUUCUGCGAGGCCGAGUAUGACCGCAACACCAUCGAGGAGAGGCUCAUCGCGCAGGUCGAGGGGUUCGCCGUCGAGUGGGCGAGCCAGGACGUGCAGUGUGAAAAGUGCCACGCGCUGAGGCUGAACGAGUUCAUGGAGCACUGCGUCUGCAGCGGCGCGUGGGUGGAGAGCGUGAGCCGUGAAGACAUAUUGAAGAAAGUUGCAGUGUACGGAAACGUGGCCAAAUUCUACGGCUUGAGGAUGUUGAAGGAGGUGGUUGAAGGCUUGAAAGCUGGGUUAUAG